CCCGGACCCAGCAGCUCCUGAUCCCGGACCCAGCAGCUCUUGAUCCCGGACCCAGCAGCUCCAUAUCCCGGACCCAGCAGCCUCUGAUCCCGGUUCUGGACCCUGAUGCGCGGCUCCGUGUGACCGUGUGGCUGCGCUGCGCUCCUCUUUUCUUUUCUUUCUUUUCUUUCUUUUCUUUCUUUCCUUCUUUCCGGUCCUCCGCGGAGGGAGGGAGGGGGGCACCAUGAUGAGUAACAGCGGCUACUUGGAGCCGCAGCUGCCGCCUCAGUUCUUCCAGAGCUCCUCCUCGGAGCAGCUCGGAGAGGAGGAGGAGGAGGAGGAGAUGCCGGCCACGGAGAAGGACCUGGCGGAGGACGCGCCCUGGAAGAAGAUCCAGCAGAACACCUUCACCAGGUGGUGCAACGAGCACCUGAAGGUGCUCAACAAGCGGAUCGGGGACCUGCAGAAGGACCUGAGCGACGGGCUGAAGCUGAUCGGGCUGCUGGAGGUCCUGAGCCAGAAGAAGAUGUACCGGAAGUACCACUCCAGACCCAACUUCAGGCAGAUGAAGCUGGAGAACGUGUCGGUGGCGCUGGAGUUCCUGGAGAGGGAACACAUCCGACUGGUGUCUAUAGACUCUAAGGCCAUCGUGGACGGGAACCUGAAGCUGAUCCUGGGUCUGAUCUGGACCCUGAUCCUGCACUACUCCAUCUCCAUGCCCAUGUGGGAGGACGAGGACGACGAGGACGCCAAGAAGCUGACGCCCAAGCAGCGUCUGCUGGGCUGGAUCCAGAACAAGGUGCCCCAGCUGCCCAUCACCAACUUCCACCGCGACUGGAGGGACGGCAAGGCACUGGGAGCACUGGUGGACAACUGUGCCCCGGGUCUGUGUCCGGACUGGGAAACGUGGGAUCCCAGUCAGCCGGUGGAGAACGCCAGAGAGGCCAUGCAGCAGGCGGACGACUGGCUCGGCGUGCCGCAGGUCAUCGCUCCGGAGGAGAUCGUGGACCCGAACGUGGACGAGCACUCGGUGAUGACCUACCUGUCCCAGUUCCCCAAGUCCAAGCUGAAGCCCGGGGCCCCCCUCAGGGCCAAGACCCUGCACCCCAAGAGGGCCAAGGCCUUCGGACCAGGUCUGGAGCCGCGAGGCAACGUGGUCCUGAAGCCGGCGGAGUUCCUGGUGGAGACGGUGGAGGCCGGACUGGGGGAAGUCCUGGUUUAUGUGGAGGAUCCGGAGGGACACACGGAGGAGGCCCGAGUCAUCGCCAACAACGACAAGAACAGAAGCUACUCCGUCGUCUACCUGCCCAAAGUGGAGGGGCUGCAUAAAGUGAAGGUUCUGUUUGCGGGGCAGGACAUCGACAGAAGUCCCUUCAUGGUGAACGUUUCCAAGGCGAUGGGCGACCCGACCCGGGUCCAGGCCCGCGGGCCGGGGCUGCAGCCCAGCGGGAACGUGGCCAACAAACCCACGUACUUCGACAUUUACACCGCAGGGGCGGGAGCCGGAGACGUGGGCGUCAUCAUUGUGGAUUCGAACGCUCGGAGGGACACAGUGGAGAUUGUUCUGGAGAACAAAGGCGACAGUAUCUUCCGCUGCACCUAUGUACCCGUCCUGGAGGGACCGCACACCGUCUACGUGACCUUCGCCGGGCAGCAGAUUCCCAGAAGCCCUUUCACCGUCCACAUCUCCGAGGUUCUACAGAGCGUCCCACCUGCCGGGUCUCCGGUGCAGGUUGCGCCUCAGUCUGCACGCGCCCCCGCCUCAGACCGGACCCGGAGAGCCCCGCCUCCGACUCCGCCCAAACCCAGGCGACCAACCUGUAACCCGAACGCCUGCCGGGCGUCGGGCCGAGGUCUGCAGCCGAAGGGUCUGAGGGUGAAAGAAGUGGCCGAUUUUAAAGUUUACACUAAAGGAGCCGGCAGCGGGGAGCUCAAAGUCACCGUGAAGGGACCAAAGGGCCUGGAGGAGCCGGUGAAGGUUCUCGAGAUGGACAACGGGAUGUUCGAGUGUAAUUAUUACCCCAUCACGACGGGAAAGUACGUGGUAACUAUCACCUGGGGAGGACACAGCAUCCCACGCAGUCCGUUCGAGGUCCAGGUGAGUGAGGAGGCGGGGCCUCAGAAGGUGAGGGCCUGGGGCCCCGGCCUGGAGACGGGCAUGGUGGGGAAGAGCGCUGACUUUGUGGUGGAGGCCAUCGGCACGGAGGUGGGAACGCUCGGUUUCUCCAUCGAGGGUCCGUCUCAGGCCAAGAUCGAGUGUGACGAUAAAGGUGACGGGUCGUGUGACGUCCGCUACUGGCCGACUGAACCCGGCGACUACGCCGUGCACGUCAUCUGUGACGACGAGGACAUUAAGGACAGCCCCUUCAUGGCGCACAUCCUGCCCGCCGCCAGCGACGUCUUCCCCGAGAACGUGAAGUGUUUCGGUCCCGGCUUGGAGCCGAUCGGCUGCAUCGUCAACAAACCGGCCGACUUCACCAUCGAUACCCGGGCGGCCGGCCGCGGGGAGCUGAAGCUCUACGCUCAGGACGCGGAGGGUUUCCCCAUCGACAUACAGAUCACAGAUAACGGAGACAGCACCUUCUUCUGUGUUUACAUUCCCACCAAACCCAUCAAACACACCAUCAUCAUCACCUGGGGGGAGGUCAACGUCCCCAGCAGCCCCUUCAGGGUGACGAUCGGAGAAGGCAGCCAUCCGGAGAACGUGAAGGUUUACGGUCCGGGCGUGGAGAAGACUGGCCUGAAGGCCAACGAGCCCACAUACUUCACUGUGGACUGCAGCGAGGCCGGGCAGGGUGAUGUCAGCAUCGGGAUCAAGUGUGCCCCGGGCGUGGUCGGUCCUGCCGAGGCCGACAUCGACUUCGACAUCAUCAAGAACGACAAUGACACGUUCACGGUGAAGUACACGCCCCCGGGAGCCGGCCAGUACACCAUCAUGGUGCUGUUCGCCGAUCAGGAAAUACCCAUCAGCCCCUUCAGAAUAAAGGUGGACCCAUCCCAUGAUGCAGCUAAAGUCAGAGCAGAAGGACCCGGACUGAACAAGACAGGAGUGGAGGUGGGGAAGCCGACCCACUUCACCAUCUACACUAAAGGAGCCGGGAAAGCCAAACCGGAGGUCCACUUCACCACCGCGACUAAAGGGGACGCGGUCCGAGACUUCGAGAUCAUCGACAACCACGACUACUCGUACACCGUCCGCUACACCGCCACGCAGCAGGGGACCAUGUCCCUCACCGUGUCCCAUGGAGGAGACCCCAUCCCCAGGAGCCCCUUCAGCAUCAGCGUGGCCCCCCCGCUGGACCUCAACAAGGUCAAAGUUCAGGGUCUGAACAACAAGGUGGACGUGGGGAAGGACGAGGAGUUCACCGUCGCCACUCGUGAAGCCGGCGGUCAGGGCAAACUGGACGUUAAGAUCGUCUCGCCGUCGCGGCGUCCGAUCCCCUGCAAGCUGGAGUCGGGCUCCGCCAACGAGGUGCACACGGUGAAGUACAUCCCCCCCGAGGAGGGCCAGUACCGGGUGGAGGUCAGCUACGACGGGAACCCCGUCCCCGGGAGCCCCUUCACCGUGGAGGCCGUCAUGCCCCCCGACCCCUCUAAGGUCCGGGCCUACGGUCCAGGUCUUCAGGGCGGAGUCGUGGGUAAACCUGCCCCCUUCGCCAUCGACACCAAGGGGGCGGGUACCGGCGGUCUGGGCCUGACGGUGGAGGGACCCUGCGAGGCCAAGAUCGAGUGCCAGGACAACGGGGACGGGUCCUGCUCCGUGUCCUACCUGCCCACCGAGCCUGGCGAGUACGCCAUCAACAUCCUGUUUGCGGAGCAGCACGUCCCCGGCUCGCCCUUCAAGGCGGCGGUCCAGGCGGCGUUCGACCCCAGCAAGGUGACGGCCAGCGGGCCGGGCCUGGAGCGCGGGAAGGUGAACGAGGACGGGUCCUUCACGGUGGACUGCUCCAAGGCCGGGGAGGCGGAGCUCACCAUCGAGAUCGUCUCCGACUCGGGAGCCAAAGCAGAAGUCCUGGUGCAGAACAACGGGGACGGGACGUACUCCAUCACCUACAUCCCCCGCCGCCACGGCAUGUACACCGUCACCGUCAAGUACGGAGGCCACGCCGCCGCCAAGUUCCCCGCCCGCCUGCAGGUCGACCCGGCGGUCGACACCAGCGGGGUGAAGGUCCACGGCCCGGGGGUGGAGCCCAGAGGCGUCCUGAGGGAGGUGACCACUCAUUUCGUGGUGGACUCCCGGGCCCACUACCGGACCGGCAGCAGCAUCAAGGCCAGCGUGUCCAACCCGUCCGGCGCCAACACCGACGCCUACAUCACGGACCGAGGAGACGGGACCUACCGGGUGGAGUACACGCCCUACGAGGACGGUCUCCACCUGAUCGAAGUGUUGGUGGACGACGUCUCGGUGCCCAAGAGUCCGUUCAGAGUCUCGGUGACGGAGGGUUGUGAUCCCAGCCGAGUCCGAGCCUACGGACCCGGUCUGGAGGAGGGACUGGUCAACAAACCCAACCGCUUCACCGUCGAGACCAGGGGGGCGGGCACCGGCGGUCUUGGCCUGGCCAUCGAGGGUCCGUCUGAGGCCAAGAUGUCCUGCAAGGACAACAAGGACGGCAGCUGCAGCGUGGAGUACAUCCCCUUCACGCCCGGAGAGUACGACGUCAACAUCACCUUCGGAGGCCUUCCUAUCCCAGGGAGUCCGUUUCGAGUCCCAGUGCGCGAGCUGGUGGAUCCCAGUAAAGUGAAGUGUUCAGGUCCCGGCCUGGGAAGUGGAGUCCGAGCCCACGUCCCUCAGACCUUCACUGUGGACAGCAGUAAGGCGGGGGUGGCCCCCCUGGAGGUCCAGCUGUACGGGCCCACAGGUGUGGCCGAGCCGAUCAGCAUCACCGACAACGGCGACGGCACUCACGCGGUGAACUACACUCCGGCCAACGACGGGCCCUACACCGUGUGUGUGAAGUACGCCGAGCAGGAGGUCCCUCGCAGUCCGUUUAAGAUCAAGACGCUGCCGGCUCACGACGCCAGUAAAGUCCGAGCCAGCGGUCCGGGUCUGAACGCCUCCGGAGUCCCCGCAAGUCUGCCGGUCGAGUUCACCAUCGACGCCAGAGACGCCGGAGAGGGACUGCUGACGGUGCAGAUCCUGGAUCCGGAGGGAAAACCGAAGAAGGCGAACAUCCGGGACAACCGGGACGGGACGUACACGGUGUCCUACGUCCCCGACAUGACGGGGCGCUACACCAUCACCAUCAAGUACGGCGGGGACGAGAUCCCGUACUCGCCGUACCGGAUCCACGCGCUGCCCACCGGGGACGCCAGCAAGUGUCUGGUCACAGUGUCGAUCGGAGGACACGGGCUGGGAUCAGGUAUCGGCCCGACCAUCCAGAUCGGCGAGGAGACGGUCAUCACGGUGGACGCCAAGGCGGCGGGGAAAGGUAAAGUGACCUGCAAGGUGUCGACGCCGGACGGGGCGGAGCUGGACGUGGACGUGGUGGAGAACGCCGACGGGACCUUCGACAUCUACUACACGGCCCCGGAGCCCGGGAAAUACGUCAUCACCAUCCGCUUCGGAGGGGAAAACAUCCCCAACAGCCCGUUCCACGUGGUGGCGAGUGAGAGCGUGGCGGUAGUAGAGGAGCCGUGUGACUCUCUGCAGCGCUGUGUUGGCUCCUCCCCCCUCUGGGCCACAGAUGACCCUGUGCUCCCAUUGGACGGUUUGGACCCGUUGCUCCGCCCCUUCAGUUUGGUCAUCCCGUUCACGGUGCAGAAAGGAGAAAUCACAGGAGAGGUCCGGAUGCCGUCGGGCCGGACCGCGUGUCCUCACAUCACCGACAACAAGGACGGAACCGUCACCGUCAAAUAUUCUCCAACAGAACGAGGACUCCACGAGAUGGACAUCUGCUACGACGGGGACCACAUCCCAGGAAGUCCUCUCCAGUUCUACGUGGACGCCAUCAACAGCGGUCAUGUGACGGCGUUCGGCCCCGGGCUGAGUCACGGCACGGUGAACCGGCCCGCCGCCUUCACCAUCGUCACCAAGGACGCCGGAGAAGGCGGCCUGUCUCUGGCGGUUGAAGGUCCGUCCAAAGCAGAGAUCAGCUGUAAGGACAACAAGGACGGGACGUGCACCGUGUCCUACCUGCCCUCCGUCCCCGGAGACUACAACAUCAUCGUCAAGUUCGACGACAAACACAUACCCGGCAGCCCGUUCACCGCCAAGAUCACCGGUGACGAGUCCAUGAGGAUGUCUCAGCUCAACGUCGGCACGGCGACAGACGUCUCUCUGAAGAUCAUGGAGACGGACCUGAGCAGCCUGACGGCGAGCAUCAGGCCGCCGUCUGGGAACGAGGAGCCGUGUCUGCUGAAGAGACUCCCCAACAGACACAUCGGGAUCUCGUUCACUCCGAAGGAAGUGGGUGAACACGUGGUGAGCGUGAAGAAGAACGGGAAGCACGUGACCAACAGUCCCUUCAAGAUCAUGGUGGGCCAGUCCGAGAUCGGAGACGCCAGCAAGGUGAAGGUGUACGGCCAGGGGCUGGUGGAGGGGCACACCUUCGAGGUGGCCGAGUUCAUCGUGGACACCAGGAACGCAGGUUACGGAGGUCUGGGUCUGUCCAUCGAGGGUCCCAGUAAGGUGGACAUUAACUGUGAGGACGUGGAGGACGGGACGUGUAAAGUCACUUACUGUCCCACUGAACCCGGAAACUACAUCAUCAACAUCAAGUUCGCCGACCAACACGUCCCAGGGAGCCCGUUCACGGUGAAGGUGUUCGGAGAAGGCCGGAUGAAGGAGAGCAUCACCAGGAGGCGCCAGGCGCCCUCCAUCGCCACUGUGGGCAGCACCUGUGACCUCAACCUCAAGAUACCAGGGAACUGGUUCCACAUGGUUUCGGCUCAGGAGCGCCUGACGCGGACCUUCACGCGCAGCAGCCACACGUAUACGCGCACCGAGCGCACCGAGAUCAGUAAGACCCGCGCCGGCGAGACCAAGAGGGAGGUCCGCGUGGAGGAGAGCACGCAGGUGGGGGACCCCUUCAGGGACGUGUUCGGAGACUUCCUGGGACGAGAGAGUCUGAGCGGAUUCACCGGCAGCCGGGCGGCGCCGCCACCGCCACCGCUGCAGGACGGAGAGGCAGGUAGCCAGGAGAUGACGGCCCAGGUGACGAGUCCUGGUGGCCAGACGGAGGAUGCGGAGAUCAUCCGGGGGGAGGAGAGCACCUACAGCGUGCGGUUCGUCCCUCAGGAGAUGGGAGCGCACACCGUCAACGUGAAGUACCGCGGGCAGCACGUCCCCGGGAGCCCCUUCCAGUUCACCGUGGGGCCCCUGGGGGAGGGAGGGGCCCACAAGGUCCGAGCAGGAGGCACGGGGCUGGACAGAGGAGUGGCGGGGACCCCAGCUGAGUUCAGUAUCUGGACCCGGGAGGCCGGAGCUGGAGGUCUGUCCAUCGCUGUGGAGGGGCCGAGCAAAGCCGAGAUCACGUUUGAAGACAGGAAGGACGGAUCGUGUGGCGUGGCCUACGUGGUCCAGGAGCCUGGCGACUACGAGGUUUCCAUCAAGUUCAACGACGAACACAUCCCGGACUCUCCGUUCAUCGUGCCCAUCGCCACUCUGUCCGACGACGCUCGCCGCCUCACCAUCUCCAGCCUGCAGGAGAUGGGGCUGAAAGUUGGCCAGGAGGCGUCCUUCGCCGUCCAGCUGAACGGAGCCCGCGGGCUGAUCGACGCCAAGAUCCACACGCCGUCAGGAGCCAUCGAGGAGUGUUUCAUCACCGAGCUGGACAGCGACCAGCAUGCGAUCAGGUUCAUCCCGAGGGAAAACGGAGUCCAUUCUAUUGACGUCCGUUUCAAUGGCAGCCACGUCCCCGGCAGUCCCUUCAAGAUCCGAGUCGGAGAACCCGGACAGGUCGGAGAUCCAGGCAUGGUGUCUGCCUUCGGACCGGGGCUGGAGGGAGGAACCACAGGUGUGGCGUCAGAGUUUAUCGUGAACACGUGUAAUGCCGGUUCAGGAGCUCUGUCAGUGACCAUCGACGGGCCUUCCAAGGUGAAGAUGGACUGUCAGGAGUGUCCUGAGGGCUACAAGGUCUCCUACACACCCAUGGCCCCUGGGAACUACCUGAUCUCCAUCAAGUACGGAGGACCCCAGCACAUCGUCGGCAGCCCCUUCAAGGCCAAAGUCUCAGGACCUCGUCUGUCCGGCGGCCACAGUUUGCACGAGACAUCGUCCGUUCUGGUGGAAACCGUCUCCAAGUCGUCAGCGAUGGGAGGAGCCUUCGCCUCCUUACCCAAGUUCUCCUCAGACGGCAGUAAAGUCAUCUCCAGAGGCGCCGGGCUGUCCAAGGCCUUCGUGGGUCAGAAGAACACGUUCACAGUCGACUGCAGCAAAGCAGGCACCAACAUGCUGAUGGUGGGCGUCCACGGGCCGAAGACGCCCUGCGAGGAGGUCUACGUCAAACACAUGGGCAACAGGAUGUACAACGUCACGUACACCGUCAAAGAACAAGGCAGCUACAUCCUCAUCGUCAAGUGGGGCGACGAGAACGUCCCCGGCAGUCCCUUCCACGUCACCGUCCCUUAAACAGAACCCUCCGUCUCUGCGUCCGUCCCUCCGCUGCAGCUACUCCUCGUCCCCAUGCACUGAACAUGCAAAGACUUUUCACUUCCUGUUUUCACGCUACGUGCCAAAGUUUAUUUACUCUCGGAGAAACUCAGCGGUUUUAUACGAACCUUACUUCAGUUCUAGACAGUUGUGCUUCCAGUUGUUCCGCAGUUUUAAAAGUCCUGACACACCAGCAUUUAGAACGGUUCCCUGUAGAACUGUGCUCAUUCGGUCAACUCACUCGUUGACCAAGUUCUAACCUGUGAAGGAAGAGAGUCCGAGUCCACGAGUCAGCUAAUAUCAGGAGAUAUUUUCACGUAUGCACCAGAUGAGACCUGCAAACAGGAUCAAACGUGCACUAAAAUGUUACCAAGUUAUUUAUCUAGUUGCACAAGUCAAUAUCUUGUUGCAAAAGUUACUAUCUUGUUGCACAAGUUAGUAUCUAGUUGCACAAGUUAAUAUCUAGUUGCACAAGUCAAUAUCUUGUUGCACAAGUUAGUAUCUUGUUGCACAAUUUAAUAUCUUGUUGCACAAUUUAAUAUCUUGUUGCACAAUUUAAUAUCUUGUUGCACAAGUUAGUAUCUUGUUGCACAAUUUAAUAUCUUGUUGCACAAGUUAGUAUCUAGUUGCACAAGUUAAUAUCUUGUUGCACAAGUUAGUAUCUUGUUGCACAAGUUAAUAUCUUGUUGCACAAGUUAGUAUCUAGUUGCACAAGUUAAUAUCUUGUUGCACAAGUUAGUAUCUAGUUGCACAAGCUAGUAUCUAGUUGCACAAGUUAGUAUCUAGUUGCACAAGUUAGUAUCUAGUUGCACAAGUUAGUAUCUAGUUGCACAAGCAUCUUGUUUCAAGUGAUCUGACGUGAAGUCACUGAUUUACACUUGAAAUCCGACCUGUCGACUCGUUUUAUUGGUUCAGACUCAGUAAAGUUAAAGACAAUCUUCCCGUCAUGAUCAGUUCAACCGUCUGGAUAAACCACUAUGCAGAUCUUUCUACUUUAAAGAUGUUUAAAGGAUAUUUUUGGACUUUGAGAAAGAAAAGAUAACUGGAACUCUAACUUUACAUCUCUUUGCUUUCACUUUAUUUAUUCUCAGACCUUUUUUCCCCUCAUUUUAUUUUCUUUGACAGAAAAUGGUCUUAUUGUUGAGGAAGAGCAGGUGAUGAGGUCAGAUUUUUGUUUUUUACCACAGAAGAAGAAGUGCAGUGAGACGAUCCGUUGAUUUUGUGAAUGUUGAAGAAGAAACACAGUAUUACAGAGUGACAUUUUAUAGUGAUUUUUCUAUGUAUCAGAAAUGGAUGAAUGGAAUUGAUUUGAACUGUUUGAUAUGUUAACCUUCAAUCUGGCAACAUUGUGCAGGCAUAAUAAAAGUUUAUUCGCUGACUUG